UCAGUUCAAGCCUCUUCGGCCUCGUCAAGCAAAUCAAUUCAGUAUUUUUAAAAGAGCACGCUUAAAAUUCUACCACAAUUUUUAUUGUGGUAGUAAAAUAUUUCAACGUAAAUUUUAUUUUAACAAGAAGUCCAGAAAUCGUCUCUAUAUUUCUGCACCGAGAAUGUAAGUUAUUCAGUUUAUCAACGCAGUCUUUCACCAAUUUUGAGCACAUCGUGUUCGAAUUAAUGGCAUUGAGGGCUACUUGGCUAUCAAGGAGAGCGAGAUGAUUUUUAUCGCGGCAAAUUGUAAGAUUUCUGGAGGAUUUUCAAAAAACUAGAGUAAACGCGGACGAAAUCGCGGGUGGCCGCUAAUUCAGAAACCAUGGCGAAGGAGUUCCAUCCGAAAUUCGAUCCCAACACGGAAGCAUUUCAGAUGCGGGCUCAAUGGAAAAAAGUUGAUAUUUGCAGGAAGCAAUGGUUCGACCGCUGGAGCUGGUUACUUGACGAAAGGAGAUUGGCUUUGGCAGAAUCAGAAAAAGUACGGACUGCCGCGUUCCUGAGAGAGGUUCCCAAACCAGACCUCACGAAAUCUCUCAAGCCGGUGCCGGCAACAUCUACGGGUUUCAUCGGAUGGCUAGCAGCAAAGCCAGAUUGUCAGCUGGAAAUUUACACCUCAUGGCUGUCAAAAGUGCCAGUGCGAUUGCCAGAUACGUGGGACCACAAGGAUUAUCUAGGACCACAAAAAUAAUAAUCUUAUUUCAUUAAAAAAUGUUUAGUGUACUACAACUAUAAAGUUUAAAAUGUGACCUGGAUACCUAAAAAUCGGAAUAGGAAAUCAGACUUUAACCACGAUUUUUAAAGAUGUCAAUAGUUUUUAUAAUACAUUUGUUUUCGCGAAGGGUGAGUAUUUUAUUAAAUAAUGCAAUUGAAAACUCCUGUUAUUUCAUGGCAAGAUUUCGUUUCGUGACUUCAAUUGAAAAAUUGUAAGCAAUUUGUAACGAACACCUGCUUGUCGUAAACUUAAUUGGCUUCAAAUUACCAUAUGCAAUUUGUAUUGUUUGUCCCGAAGGUAAAAUUCCAUUUAUUUCAUCAUUGCGCUACAUAGGGACAUGCUGGUAGCUUCUUCAUUUUUAAAUUCACUCGUUUAUUUUCGCAUUUGUUCAAUGAGUAUCUAUUAGUCUGGUCAAUUACGGCUCUGCUUUGUGCUCUUGACAAUCUUUAACAAUUGCAAAAUAUUUGAAUAAAGUAACAUAAAACCAUGAUAUAGAUAAAAAGGUCGUUAAAAUGAAAAGAACAUUAAAGUCCUUGAGUCCUUAUUUUUUAUUAAAACCAAUAUCAACGCUUUACUCCCAUUAACGCGCUCAUACACAAAGUGAAAAAAACUACGAAAAAACUAAACAGAAAUUGUAUAACUCUUUCUUCGGUAUUCUAUAAAGGUAAAUAGAAAAGUGUCAAUGUAAAAUAACUAAUUUUACUUUCCCAAAUUUUAGGAAAGCGAUCGCAGAAAGAGCCGAUAUCCAUAGGAGCCUGUAAAAUAAGUCUCACAUUGGAGUUCGAUAGAUCAAAUUUUAGACAUUAAAUAAAAAUUAUCACGCCUUACACAAAAAGUCUGGCAAAAUGUUGCCAUGACUUGUUACAUUAAAGCAGAUGCCCGUAAUAGAGAUUUCAUAAAUGACAAAUAUUCUUAAUGGAACCAUUGUCCAUUUAAAAUGAUAAGUGCUGAGUUUCCUUUGUCUAUCUCUGGUUUGAUGGUGGCCCAGGGAGGCAAUUAUUUUUUGUGCAUCGGAUCCAGAUGUAAACUUAAAGAAUACAGGGAUCUCAACAAUGUUAUCUAAGCUAGCAAUACCUAUAUAUAUUAUAGUCCAUAAUUUUGUAGUACAAAUGUAACACAUUAUCAUCGAAGGUCAAUGGUGACAGUGACACACUGAUAAAACAAAAGAAAGGGACUUAUUAACACGAAAUAUCAAAACAGUAAAAAACGAUAGGUACAUGUAUAUGACGAAGGCCAUUUUAUUUUUUCAUUAAUUAAUUAAAAGAAAUAGUUCUCUGACAUGAUUGGAACUGCGAACGUAUCUAAUUAUUGCUCAUGAGCCAUUUUAAAACAUGAUACUCCCAUCGAAUAAUAUUGUCAGUGUAUGAGAAGCAAAAAAAAGGAUAGCUGAGCUGCGCGGAUUUAUGUAGCGUGGCGUCACUAAUUUAACCGGGAACCAUGUUCGAUGUUCACACAAUACUUAUAUCUGUUCUUACCUUUUCAAAGUGGUAUGCUUCGUCCCGUUGCUGAGUAGCUUGUGUUUGGGUUUGUCAAUAGCUCCGGUGGGCGUGGAGGAUGAGAUUGUUAGGUCACUCGCGAAAGAACUAGUAGACGAGUCUUUGGAGAUGUUGGUUCGCGCCCUUCGCACUCCCGUCUCCGGGCUCCCAGGGCUGCCGACCAGUUCAAGCGCCAGCCGCCCCUUCCCUGGUACCGGGGGUGGCUUUUCCUCAACUGGUACCAUAUACGACAGCAUGACGCUCACUUAUCUUUCAUCAAACGACUCACAGCCCCCUACUGCCGCUCACAAGUAUUAUCUCAAUCACCAACACGUCAUCCAUUAUGAAUUACAAUCAAAAAUUAAUCGUUCACUCAGCAGUCUGUCUUUUCUUCGUGCGCACUAUCGGAGACCUGAAAC